AUGAACGACUCGAGCUUCCUCCAAGCCCAACAGCGCGUCGCUGAGCGACGACAGGCCCGCGAAGCCGAACAACGGGCCCGAAUCGCGGCUCAGCGCGAAUCGUCUCGCGUCAACACCCAGCUGCAGCGUCUGCCGUACCCCCUCAAUCGCCUCGCCGGUGUCUGGGAUGCAGCCGCUUCUGUAGAGAGCACCAGGCCUGCGUUCCGCGUUGCGCAGGUCGAUGCCGAGCUCCUGGAUGAAGAGCUGCUGGACCUGCUCAAGGGGCAGGUUGGCGACGCCCUCAGAUACUAUGCCGGCGGCCAUCUCAAAGACGACUGGUCCUCCGAGAUCCAGCUGGCGCUCAGGGCCAUCCUGUUCAAACUGACAGUCUGGGAUAACGAUGCAACGUACGGAGCGGCUCUGCAGAACCUCAAAUACACCGACGCCAGAAAAGGGGGCCCCGUGCUGUCACCCCCGACGAGGCUACAAAAGUCGCUGUACGGCCUGGUAACGGUCUUUGGAAAAUAUGCCUGGACCAGAUGGGAGGACUGGCUCGUGGAUCAGGACGAUGGAUACAGCGACCCUAGCCCGCGAGUCCAGAGGCUAUCUCGAUUAACAACCGCACUGACAACGGCGCACUCGGCUGCGGCGUGCGUCUCCUUCCUGGUGUUUCUAUUCCGCGGACAAUACCGCACGCUUCUCGACCGUGUUCUACGCAUGCGGCUGGCGCCUCCUACAAGCCACGUCAGCCGCGAGGUUUCCUUUGAAUACCUCAACCGACAGCUGGUGUGGCAUGCCUUUACCGAGUUCCUUCUGUUCGUACUGCCCCUGAUUGGCGUCAACCGCUGGCGACGAUGGUUGAGCCGCACCUGGCGAAAAACAAAAGACAUAAUGAACACAACCCAAAAGGGUGAUUCUUCGAACGGCGAGCUCGGCUUCUUGCCCGAGAGGACCUGCGCCAUCUGCUACCAGGACCAGAACGCCGCCGCAUCAUCCGAGUCGGAAAUCAUGGCAGCGGCAGCAUCCAGCGGCGUCAUUGGAUCAGCGCAAACCGAUGUUACCAACCCCUACGAAGCCAUUCCAUGCGGUUGCAUCUACUGUUUUGUGUGUAUUGCAACACGCCUGGACCGUGAAGAAGGCGAGGGCUGGACUUGUUUACGGUGUGGAGAGCACGUCAAAGAAUGCAAGCCGUGGAAUGGAGAUGUGCUCGAGCCGUCCCGCAAGUCAACAUCGACAAAGACUGUGGCAUUUUCAGACGAUGUGAUUGGAGGCUCUGAGGAUGGAUCUGUCAUUUCUAUGGAAUAA